UACAUCAUCAAUGUGCGACGCAUCGUGUAUACCUGAAGGACGCUGUUGAGAGGACCGAAAUGGAACAUCUAUAAAGCCCUGCCAGGAGGACGCUGUCAUGGAGAUGUCAUUCCUAGCUAGAGCUCUGCGCUCGCUCACUCUCUCCCAGCCUGCUGCUCUUUCUCUACAGGCAGUUGCUCAGACUCAGCUGGGUACUCAAGCAUGUGUGCCACCUGCAGGUCUGCUCAGGUCAGUACAACAGUGCAGAGGUUUCUUCACCACAGCCUCCUUGGACCGCAUGUGGACGAUUGGGAAGAAAAGAGAAAAAUAUACUAUCAGACCUAUUGGAGUGAAAAAGACAGGAGGCCGAGAUGAGACAGGAAGGAUAGUGACACAUGGCCUUGGUGGUGGUCAUAAAAAAAGAUACCGUAUGAUAGACUUCCAACGCCUUCGAUAUGAACCUGGCAGAGAGGACAAGCCUUUUGAUGAGAAGGUGCUUCUUGUCCGAUAUGACCCAUGCAGGAGUGCUGACAUUGCCCUGGUAGCUGGAGGCAGCAGAAAACGGUGGAUUAUUGCAACAGAGAACAUGAAGGUUGGAGACAUCAUCAAAACAUCUGGAGUUAUUGGACGGAUGGCAGUCGCAGCCAAUGAAGGUGACUCAUACCCCCUGGGAGCGCUUCCUGUCGGGACAGUUGUGCACAACCUGGAAUUGCAGCCAGGAAAAGGAUCACAGUUUAUUCGUGCUGCAGGCACAUGUGGCAUGUUGCUCCGUAAAGUAAGUGGAACUGCUAUUGUCCAGCUUCCAUCAAAGCAGCAGGUCCAGGUACUGGAGACAUGCAUGGCAACGGUGGGACGUGUAUCCAACACUGACCACAAUAAACGGAUCAUCGGGAAAGCCGGUCGCAAUCGUUGGCUUGGCUAUCGUCCUUCAAGUGGCUUGUGGAAGAGGAAAGGAGGCUGGGCAGGACGCAAGAUUAAACCGCUGCCUCCCAUGAAGAGCUACGUCAACCUGCCCUCAGUCACAGCUCAGUCAUGAAUGUUGUUUGGACUGGACAUUGCUUUUCUGAACUAUUGAAGUGUGACAUUAAUCAGGCUUAGAAUCUAUUAAAGACAACAGUUAGACGUUUUUGCCUGUUCAGUGGUGACAAGUAGUGGUUUAUUGAGGUUUUCAUUUUACCCCGUGCCAUUACAUUAAAUAUCUGGUUAGCGUG